AUGUACACGGCGUCCCAAGCGGCCUCUUCGGCGGCUGUCGCCACAUCUUACUCUUCAAAAGUGGGCGAUUCGACUUCGCUCACUCAGCCCGAGCCGACUGCAGCUCAGGAGAAUCACAAUCAAGGACCAGGCGAUGAGCUGGGAGGCGAUGGAGCCAGUGGAGCCAAUAAGGCUGCUUCUUUUUUGACAUCUGACCCUCGCGACGCUCAUCCUGAGCCCUGUCUGCAAGGAGAAUCGGCCAAGACGACUAUCACGACCGCGUCCUCUAGGGCUGCCUUUUCGAUCAGCCCCGACCGGCAGGGCACCAAUCUGGGCUCUCUCACUUCACCAGAGUCUUCUCCAGUGCAGAAGCAGCAAGAUGAGACCCCUUACAAAGAAGACGCGAAUCUCAAGGACGAUCGUGAUAGCGCUCACCCUGAGGCAUGUCCACAGGAAGAAUCAACUGGCACGGCCAUUGCGGCACCCUCCUGCUCGGCAACUAACCAGCCGGAUGUCACUACUGAUACCACCGUCACCUCGGUGACAGGCCCUGCCCAAGACAAGAAUGAUACUUCGGCCGCGGGAGAUCCGAUUCACAUCCCCGAUUGCGAUGAGGAUCGCCCAGAGCCAUACCAGGAUACCACUCCCGCGAUAGUGUCUUUGACACGUCGCGCGAGAACUCCACGGCCUUUUACUACCUCCACAGCACAUCGUGGUUCGCAUUCCGUCAAGAUGCCGAGAAGGGCUGGCGGUCGAAUGCUGAGAGCCCAUCGAGCACCACCGAAGCCGCAGCCUCAGCAACCAUCUCCAACCGACCCAGCCGUCCCAGCGGCUCACAUUUUUGCCGAGGCCCCUCGUGCCAAGACCGCCAUCUGUGACAUGGAAGGGGUGCCUCAUGUUGUAGGUGGUUUGGUCGAAGUGUCCAUCGGCCGUAAGGACGUCCUCUUUGCCAAGCAGGUCCCAAAGAAUUCGACCGAUCCCUAUAACACUCUCGAGGUCGAGCGUCACCCCUUCACUCCUUUCCCGCCGCCCGAUAUGGGUGAGAAUAACCGCGAGUUUGAUAUGGAACUGGAAGAGAACCGCCCGAUAUUUGAGCCGUUCAACCAAGACAUCAUCGACAGGCAAGUCGAUGGUUGGGCUGCUCAAACAGACCUUUUUGCGCGGGUGAUGAAUGCACACCAAGCAGAAUUCGACCCCGUCAACGAGCUGUUCUUGGCUCAGAAGGCUGAGCUCGAGCACCUGAACAACGUACGCGAACGAGCGAUCACGGCCGAAUUUGCACGACCCCCAUUGAUGUCCGAGUUAGCUCGACGCAAGCUGAUCACGAGAGUCGCUGCUGCAGAGAAACCCCUGUUGAAAGAGCUUGAAACCACUCAGCGCGAGCUAAAGGAAAUCAUCAUACGUGGCCGUGUUAAGAUUGCGCGCGGCCUCCAGCGAGACCUCAGGGCGCCCAGCGUGAUCGACGAGAAGCGGGCUAGAGCGCUCCAGAAGAUUGACGUGGAAGAGAAGGAGACGGAGCUUGGGAUUGCGGGAGGAACGAUUGGGCUGCGCGGUGGCCUAAACGAGCAAGAUCACGCGACUCAAACCGCGAUUUUGCGAUACACUCGGCAUGUCGUUGACGAGCGACUGAAGGUUUUCGAUGAGACUGAUGACUCGCGCGUGCCAGACUGGUCAACUACUGCCCCUCCCGAGUCGAAUGUCGACACCGUGAUUUCGACUGUGCCCGAGUGGUUCACUAUCCUGGACGCCAGGGGAACCGUUCAGCUCUAUCGGACAACGCCGCUGGACAGGUUCAAGGAGCUCCUCCAGGUCAUAGGAAACACAUCCAUUGCUGCCAGAGAGGAGCAAUGGGCCGACGAGUCACGGCCGAACAGGCACACCUGGAACCAGCAAUUCCACAAGGCCAGUCCUCACUGGGCGAACGAGCUACGACGCACCCGUGGAGGUUGGUGGACCUGCCGCAGCGGCCCUGACGCCCCUCCAGCUGAGCGCUACUGCGCCCUCUGCCAUGAUCAGUCUGCUGCCAAGAGGCGGCCCGCUUCGGCGAAAGAACGGUACCAGCAUAUCCUUGACGAAAUCGACACCGCCAUGGAAGAGGCCAAAGAGAGAGAUCAACUUAGGCUUAAAUAUCAGCUGCAGCAAGAGCGUCACGACAUCGACGAGUACUGGCACCGGCGUGAAUUUGUUCGAUCGGGUGGUGGCGUUGAUAUCACCGAGGUCCUUCAUAGCAGAGAUGUUAAUGAGCUCAACUACCGGCCCUCGACCGGGCGGUCUCAAUCGUGGCAGGAAGAGGGCGUCUCGCCUCGGUCUCAGGAGCUGCUAGAUAAGGCACACGUCACAGGCCAGGCCUCCGCUCCUCAGUCUAGACCCUCCCCGCCCUCCCAGCACUCUCAGUCUUCGCAGUUAUUGAAGUACCUUUCUGGCACACCGUCCAACGAUUAUUAUUCUCUGCCUUCCGGGCUUUCGCAAUCCCCGCCGAAUCCGAACGGCUCCGGAUUUUAUGAAUCGCUGCUUGGCAGACAGCUUAACGCCUCCCCCUCUCGGCCUGCUGUACCGUCCCAGUCGGCGCGGCUUUUGCGCGGCUCGCCCCUCUUCCACGAAUUGCUGGCCGGCCGACAAACUGACACUGUCGAGGUCCUGCCCGGUCAGGUGGCACCGCCGCAGGCCGUGCCGCCUCAAUUGCUGCAUAGGCACAAUUCCUCGCAGGCGCACGACCUCCUCCAUGGCAGAGACGCCACCGAGAACUCUGCCCAGGCUGGACGGCCGCAGCUUCGCUCGUCGCUCGCGCCCCCAGGCCCGAAGAACAAGCCGCAAAAGAGGGUGUCAUGGCAAUUCUGA